UCUCUCCAAACACAAUGAACUCCACCUUCCUAGAAACAAACAUUCCUCAUAUAGAAAACCCUAAUUUCACCUUUCCCUUUCUUUACUCACACAUGACUAAUCAAGAUUGUACUUACAAUUUUCAAGAUAAUUUUCUUGAUCAAGAUUUUGAAUUUUCUUCAUUUCUUGAUCAUCUUCUUGUUGAUUAUGUUCCUACCUAUAACAACUCCAAUAAUACUCCUCUUUUAGAAAUUAAUCCCUCCAUGCAUGAAAUAAGUAGUAGUAGUAGUGCCAAUAGUGCAAGUUCUACCACUUCCUUUGAUGCACCACCACCAAAUAUUAAUCACUUGAAAGAAAAAUCCAAAGUGGGGACUAUAAAGAAAGAGAUGAUAAAGAAGAAUGAAAGACAUGUUAUUGCUUUUAGAACAAAGACUCAACUUGAGAUUUUGGAUGAUGGAUAUAAAUGGAGAAAGUAUGGUAAGAAGAAGGUGAAAAGUAACACAAAUUAUUUGAGGAAUUACUACAAGUGUUCAAUUCGAGGAUGCGAGGUUAAGAAGAGAGUAGAAAGAGAUGGACAUGAUUCAAGUUAUUUGAUUACAACAUAUGAAGGUAAACACAAUCAUGAAAUCAACUCCUUUAUCAUUUACAAUCAUAUAGAGGCGGAUUCAGAAUUUGAAUUGAAUUUUCAUCGUCGAAGAGGGAAGGGAGUAGAAAGAGAUCAUGGACAUGAUUCAAGCUGUGUGAUUACUACAUAUGAAGGCAAACACAACCAUGAAAGUUGUUCCUCUAUCAUAUGCAGCCAUGAAAUGCCCACUGAAUUUCCUCAAUGAAUGGACUUUGAAAACAACUUCAUAAUUUCCAUAAAAAGCAAUCGGGAUCCCUUUGUAAUUUUCUUGUACAAAUAUAACAUAGGACAUUAUAUUAUAUACAUACGUUUAAUUAUUUCAUCAGUUAUAUCGUGUGACAUGUA